UCAUCACCCUGCGCCGCCAGCCGCUUAGGAGCCAGUGACGCUUGAGUACGUGGCGCUGACGUCAGCGAAACCCCCGGCACGGACGAGGAUUGCAAAGGCGGCCGGUGAAGCAGGAGGGAUUUGUGACAGAUCAGGAAGGACAGUAAGUGUCGGUAAUGGAAGACUUGGCUGGAUAUUUGUGGCGAGGAGCGCGUACUUCGUAUGGACAUGCUGGCCCCGGACUCAUGAACACUCGUAAACGCCACGGCUCCCGCAACACUGAUAACGGAGUUUACGUGGGACCCCCUCAGACUCAAGUCCUGCCCUCCACUACGACUCAAGUUUUCUCUCCACCUGUACUUCCUCCUCCAACUGACGUGAUGUCCUGCCGGGACCGCACUGCCGAGUUCAUAUCUGCUUGCAAGUCCCUGCGUGGACGCCAGAAUGGUGUUCAGCUGUCCAACCCUUCUCUCAAUGCUGUGAAACAAAGAAGUGAAUUUACUCUAAUGGCCAAACGAAUUGGAAGGGAUCUUAGCAACACCUUCAGUAAGCUGGAAAAACUGACAAUAUUGGCUAAAAGGAAAUCUCUGUUUGAUGACAAAGCAGUGGAAAUUGAGGAAUUGACAUACAUUAUUAAACAAGACAUUGGAAGCCUGAAUCAACAGAUUGCUCAGUUACAGUCCUUUGUAAGAGCACGAGGCAAUCAGAAUGGGCGUCAUGUUCAAACUCACUCAAAUACGGUGGUGGUUUCUCUUCAGUCAAAGCUGGCGUCAAUGUCUAAUGACUUCAAGUCUGUACUAGAAGUAAGGACAGAGAAUCUUAAGCAUCAGCGAAGUCGCAGGGAGCAGUUUUCUCAAAAUCAGGUCUCUUCUCUACAUCACAACAGCAUGGGUCCCUCUGUCCUCCUACAAGAUGACUCUCGCAGACAUGGGGAUGUGUCCAUAGAUAUGGAUUCAAAAGUCAGUCAACAAUUGCAGCUAAUAGAUGAGCAGGAUUCUUAUAUUCAGAGUCGAGCAGACACUAUGCAGAAUAUAGAGUCCACCAUAGUCGAACUAGGUUCCAUUUUCCAACAGCUGGCUCACAUGGUAAAGGAGCAGGAAGAAACUAUACAAAGAAUUGAUGGGAAUAUAGAGGAUACACAGCUGAAUGUGGAAGCAGCCCACUCUGAAAUCCUGAAAUAUUUUCAGUCCGUCACAUCAAACCGCUGGCUCAUGAUCAAGAUUUUUCUUAUACUUAUCGUUUUCUUCAUCAUAUUUGUAGUCUUCCUGGCUUGAGGCAAUCCCGAAAAAAAAUCUGUAUGAUGGUCCACACACACUCCAUGCUACCUCCAGACAGCUCGGUCCUAUGAAACAACAGGAAAAUUGCAGUGCUGUCAUUUUGUAUGCAUGUGGAUCGUGGCUUUUGUGUGAGGGACAUAAAUUGUGUGUGGCACUUUUUCCCCCCCCCCCCCCUUCUUCUUUUUUUUUCUUUUUUAAAUAAAGAGGCAGGCCUACUGUGGUGGUACCAGCACUGCUGUUUGGUGCCAUAGAUAGGUUAUCCUUGAAAUAUAAAGUGCACAUAUUUGAUGGUAUAAUGAAAGAAUAUACAGUGAAUGACUGUGUGUGUAUGUGUAAAUAAUAUAUCUAACUAUAUAUAGAUUUUAGGCCUUGUAAAUAUAUAUGCCUGCACACACAGUCAUAAGUGAAUUAGGAUGUGAAAGUGGUGUAUGAGUGUUUGUAUAUUGCUUAUGAAUGGCGGAACAGUUGACGCAUGUAUACAGAUGCUUUAUUUGCCAAUGUAUGUGAAGUGAAUGAGUGAGAAGGGUGUGGCUACGAUUGUAUGAAAGUUGAGGUGUCUUACUGGAACGCCCUAAAAUGAACCCAAGGCAUGUGAAAGGAUCAGCCAGCCUCCUUCUCCACCAUAUACAGACUUCUCUUUCUUAUUUUAAUCUUUUGUAGAUUUUUUUUUUUUUUUUUUUUGCUUUUAAAUUAUUAUUCCUUAGCAUUAAAAAAAAAAACUGCUAAUACGCAGGUUUGCCCUGUCAAAGGGGAAGGUCCCGUGUAGAUGGAUUAAAUGACCCAGGAGAGGCGGUUAUAUUUUUAACACAUUCCAGAACUCAACCAUGGAGGACUCUAACCCCUCUUUUCCCAAAUGCCUUAGGAUAAAGACUAUGACCUUCAUAUGAUGUACACAUUGUAUAUAAUACAGAUGAGUAAUACACAUUUCAGCUCAAC